AUGGUGUCCGAAGGAACUGUCAGGCUUGUGCAUGCUCCCCUUCUUGGCCUGGUACGUCGUUGUCCUCGUCGUCGGCCCUUGUUCCAUGUCGCCAGUUCAGCACGUGCCAUCGAUCAACUUCCGUGCUCGCGCACAAAGGAUACCAAGCGCCCUCCGAUCCUCGAAGUGCACACUACUAACUUGUACUCUGAUGCAAUCAGAUCACCUUGAUUGGUAUCGUCACGCUCGCCAUGUCCGCAUCGCUGGUGGCGCACUACAACUCGCACGGUUACCCCAACAUCUCCUGUGAGUGUCUUUCGAUGGCACCCGUCAGCUUCGACACUCUACUUUGCACUCGAGGGAAAUGGAAUCCGCAGCUUGUAGCAGAACCAAGACGAGCUGACCCGUGCCGAACGUUUCCGUACCUUCCUUCUUGGGCCUUAAUAUCAGACCGUGACCGAAUCCGCAUCAUCCUCGCCGGUUCGAUCUGGUCCUUUUUCGUGUCGGGUGAGUGGACGCUACGGGUAUCGAAAUUCCUCGACCUAUUUGGUUCUGACUUUCUCGUUCGUGGCCUCUCUCCAGUCUUCCUCGUGGUCGGUGUCGCUGUCAAGCCUGACAACGUCCUCUUCGGAAUCUUUGCCCACAUCAUUGGUCUUGCCAUUGCUUUCGUGAGGACGAUUUCGCAAGCAUCAGCGUUUCUACACGACGUUUGGCUUUGCUGAUGCUCCAUUCCGCCCUUUACUCCCAGAUCCUCCUCUUGAUCGGUGUCGCGUCGCUCACCGCCUUGACGGACAAGCUGCACUGCUCCGGCAUCGAGAACUUCUCGCGCUGCAAGGUCGUCAAGGGUCUGGUCGGCGUCACCUGGACCCAGACCGUGCUCCUCUUCAUCGCGCUCAUCUUCGUCUUCGCCCUUGGCGUUAAGGCUCGCUCGGGUGGGGGUAUGAGGAGGUCGACUUUGGUCAACGCUUAA